GCCCCGCGCGCUUCACCCGCCAGGUUUUGCCUGAGCCCGCGAGCGUCUGGCGAUGGAGAGCCUAGAUGAUGCAGCGGACGGCAAACAACGCAUCCACUUGCGCUCUGGCUCGCUGCGUGGCGCCGCGCCGGCUACGCUGCACCUCCUGCCUUGCGAGGUUCCGGUGAGCCGUCCCGCUCCGGUGGAACGCUUCUUCACGCCCGCGGUUCGCAGCGGUGCAGACGGGCUGCAGGUGUCGUUUCGGGGUCGCUGCCUGCGGGGCGAGGAAGUGGUUGUGCCGCCGGGAUUUUCGGGAUUCGUGAUGGUGACGGAGGAGAUGGGAGAGGGACUGAUAAGGAAGCUGAACUCCGGGGACGCGGAAGACAAAACAGACAAGGCGCAGGAACUGCUGGCGCGCGAUUUCGACCGCUCCAUCGGAGCCACUGGCAGCUUUAGCCACUUCACACUGUGGGGUCUGGAAACGGUCCCCGGCCUGGAUGCCAAAGUGCACAGAGCCCUAGGUUGGCCUAGCCUCGCUGCAGCGAGCAAGGCAAUGGUGAACUCGAGCUACACCUGCAUUUGGCCCCCAUCCUUUGCAACCUUUGCAAGUUGGAGUCAUGGCAGGAGAAUGCUGCCUCCUGCCCAUUCAGGAACCCCUGAGGCCAAGAGAUGCCAGAAGGAAAAGGCAGCAGAGAAAAGGUGAAAUGGGGGACCUACUCACCACCUCUCUUUCGGGAGAGCCGGGGCGGGACCCAGGAAGUCCGUUCUUGGUAGGGGUCUUGGCCUCUUUCUUGGGGAACUGGAUCUUCUUCAAGUCCAGCCGUUCGUGAGUCACCCAUUCAUCCAGACGUUUGUU